CAGAUGCCACUGUUGUGCAGGUUGUGAGAUCGGAGUGGCAACGUGGUAGAAGGGAUGGAGUGCUCAGAUUAGGUGCUGUGUCACUCAGGUGGGAUGCAGUCAGAUGGUAGAGGGUCGCCUCUAUCCUUAUGAGUGCGACAUGGAGGUGCUACCAUGCGAAGGAUGUGGCAUAGAAAAGAUAAGGCUCGGCCUCUUCACCUCGUGGCUGCCAAGCCUCAAAGUUAACUCUUGCAAAGAAGGAUGCUGCAGAUCUCAUUGCAAGUCUGAGAUUAUGAAAAUGAGAUGCACCAUGCACCUCCCCCUCUUCUUCCUUCUACUUAUUUUCCCAGCACGAGAAUGUUCUGCUCACAGCCCUUUCGCAUGUUCUCAUUUCGGCGUAGUUGGUGCAGCGUAGCAGAUCACAUCAAACCGCAGACAAGAUGGCGCUGAAACGGA